UUGAAAUUAUUAUCGCAAUUUUAAACUUCAAAAUCCCUGACAAAAUUUUCGUGUGCUGAGCAUAAAAGGCAUUUAUUCAAUUUUAUUCCAUUUAAGACCUCCGUAUUAAACGCUAGUGCAUUUAAAUUAAUUAAUAAUGGCAAGCAUUUUUGAUGGAGUUGAAAAAGGUGCACCGAUCGAAGUAUUUGCAUUAAAUAAAGCAUUUUUGGAAGAUACAUGCAGUGACAAAGUUAAUUUAGGAGUUGGAGCUUAUCGCACUGAAGAAGGCAAGCCAUGGGUUCUGCCUGUCGUUAAGAAAGCUGAAAAGGCAGUUGUAGAUGAUGCAACAUUAAAUCAUGAAUAUUUGCCUGUUCUUGGAUUAGAUACUUAUGCAGCAGCAGCAACUGGAUUAUUACUUGGCGAAGAUUCACUUCAAAUUAAGAAUAAAAAUGCUUUUGGUAUUCAGACAUUGUCAGGAACUGGAGCUUUACGAUUGGGAGCUGAAUUUCUCGCAAUUGUAAUGGGUAGACGAACUUUCUAUUACUCGGAUCCAACAUGGGAGAAUCAUCAGAAAGUAUUCCUCAGUGCUGGGUUUACUGAUGGACAUUACUACAGGUAUUGGGAUCCACAAUUGCGUGGAAUUGAUUUUGAUGGACUUAUUUCGGAUUUGAAAAAGGCACCCGAAGGCUCUGUAAUCAUUUUACAUGCUUGUGCUCAUAAUCCAACUGGUUGUGAUCCAACAAAGGAACAAUGGGUUAAAAUUGCAGAUGUCAUUGAAGAAAAGAAAUUAUUCCCAUUCUUUGACUCAGCUUAUCAAGGAUUUGCUUCCGGUGAUCCAGUACAUGAUGCUUUUGCUGUCCGAUAUUUUGUCGAGAGAGGCUUUGAACUUUUCUGUGCACAGUCGUUUGCCAAGAACUUUGGAUUAUACAAUGAGCGUAUUGGAAAUUUGACUGUCGUUCAAAGAAAUCCAGCAACAACUGCAGCAAUUCAAUCUCGUAUGACUUUACUUGUUCGUUUCAUGUACUCUAAUCCACCAGCAUUUGGAGGUCGUAUUGUUGGAAAAGUACUCAAUAAUGCAGAAUUAAGACAAGAAUGGAUGGAAUCAAUAAAAACAAUGUCAUCAAGAAUCAUCAAAAUGCGAAGUCUGUUGAGAGGAGAACUUGAAAAAUUAGGAACACCAGGAACAUGGGAGCACAUCACAAAUCAAAUUGGCAUGUUCUCAUACACAGGUCUGAACGAGGAACAAGUUAAAAUCAUGAUUGAGAAAUAUCACAUCUAUUUACUCGCCAGUGGACGUAUUAACAUGUGUGGACUUAAUGAAAAGAAUGUUAAAUAUGUCGCAAAUGCAAUUUAUGAAUCUAUUUUGGCAACAAAGUUGUAAAUAAUCUCAUAGUGAGAGCAACUAUUAAAACUAUUAUUCCUUAAAAAAAAUUAUGAGAAAAUUUAUUUUGUUUUAAUGAAUUUCUGUGACUCACUUAAACCUAAAAGAGAAAGAAUUAUUAUUUUUCUUUAAAAAAUAAAUAUAUACGAAAUUAUCUAAUGUUUAUUGAAUAGAUUAGAGACUUAGCAUGUUGUUCCAUACAAAUCGGACUUUUGUAUGGCUUUCAAACCUUAACUUUGAAUAAAUUUUGUUUUCUGAGCAAUUAAAGACAAUAUGAAAACCCUAGCAAUUUAA